AUGUCAACUAUUUCAUCAACAACCUCAGGAAAUAGCAAUACUCAAAGCCAUCCUGGCUUGUAUGAAUAUCUAACUGAACUCGUAUCCAAGCGAGUGGCUACCAUCAAAUACAUACGGAAGGCACAUGAAGGAAAUACGCAUUGGUUCAAUACAAUAUUGCUAACAAAAGAAUCCCUUCAGCAAACAUAUCCGAAUUCAAAAAUGUCCAAGAGAACGAAUCAUUUUUAUGCGCUAGGAUUAUCAUUAGGCGCCAUACUAGACAUCACAAAUCCUGUUGAUUAUAUAAAGGCAUUGAGUCAGAUUAUGAGUGAAUUUGAAAGACAUACAAACGAUGAUUCUAAGCAAAAGAUGAAAAAUAUAUUUAGAAAGAAUAAGAAUAAGGACGAAAACAAUUAUACAGAUAAUGCGAAUGACUACGGUUAUCUGAUUAUACCCCAUAUUCCCUUUGAAUUAGAUUAUUUUGAGACCUUCUACACACUACUGGAUAUAAUGGCAGAAGCUUACCAAAAAUUAUUGAUCGGAACUGAAGGGCCUAUUUGCACACAAGCAUAUUUUGAAGUAGUGUUGAAAUGUGAUGGAAAGUUCAAGAAAAUUAUCACAAUCAUCACAAAAGAAUUAGAUGCAACGGCAAGAGAUGCUAUUAAAGAGGAACUAAGACUAAUAAAUCCGCUAUGUCAGGUGAUAUCCACAGCUACAACAAAUACAGCGAGACUUCCUAUGGAGGUCGAUCCAGCUUUUGCUGAUGUCUAA